UAUUCAACCAAAAUGAUUUAACGUUGCCACUGUUGGCAAUUUUGUUUUCAGAAAACCAACCUAAGUCAACAUGCUUCUCGCUUUGACAAAUUUGAUUCUUGAUGAAACAGAGCGAGAAAGCAUGUUGAUUCGGUUGACGGAAAAGAAGUCGUUGUCCAAUGUAAACGUCAAUGGUAGUGAUGGUCAUAUUGGAUCGAAAAGAAUCAUUCCGGAAGGGAUUUUUAGUCUAAACCAAGGUGUUUAUAAUAUUGUUUUGUCCAUCAAAGGGUAAAAUAUCCAUUCCAAGGUCCGCUUUGUAUUACGGGAUUUAAUCUCGACUUAGCAUUUAAAGCUUAACUACAGAUUCCAUCUGAUCUCCUUGAAAUUUGUGAAAAAGUUUUGAUAAAAAAGAGCAAUUAUUUGAUAUUCGAAUUAUCUUCGAAAACUUCAUUUCGAUUCCAAAUGAUAUUUUCAAUUUAGCUAUGUUUGGCAACCUUGUACAAUUGCAUGUCGAGUGAUAAUUUGCAAGUCAUGUUUCUAGAAUGGAAGAAGCCAUUUUAACAUUAAAAAUAGUUCGUGCCAAGCGUGGUGAAGUAAAACAUGAGAUAAUUACGUUAAUUGUGAUGUGAUCGUGUAAAAUGGGCAGUGUUUCUUUUAAAAAAAAGUGAACAAUUAUUAAAAUGAUCAAAGUGAUGUGUGGUGUUAAACGAAUACGCUUUUGUUUCAAGUGAUAAAAGUGUUCUUGUGGUUGAGGUGGUACAGGACGAGUUGUGCUGUGAAAAAAUGAACCUAAUCAUAAUCCUUUUCUCAUUGUAUGCUCUCUGGAAGUAUAGUUUGGGAUUCGGAUGUCGUUUGGCAGCUAAAUGAGACAGGUAUUUUCUCUUUGUAUCGGGAUCUUUAACUUACCGAAUUAAAAUGGAACAGCAUGCAGGGGAUUGACGAAUGAAAUAAAUUAAUCGGUAUGGACCCGGUGCAGCGCAAAUGGCUACCAAACGUAUACGCGACACCGGUGGUCUAUAUAAACGUCGUAAUAAAAUCACCAAACAGUUCGAUAAGGAAUGGGAAGCACUCCAUCCAGCUCCAAGUGCGUCUAUUUUGGCUGUUGAUGGUAAGUAUAUUUAUUGCUAGAGCAAUUUUCGUUGAUAUCGCUUUUAUUGAUUACAUAUUCUCCAUUUAUCGUUCCAGACUUUUCUCCAAACUUUUCCGAGGCUGAUUUGCGUACACUGUUGCUUGAUCCAGGGGAAAGUGUUAACCCGGAUGGCUCAGUUGAUGAUGAUUACAUAACAUCGGAUGAAGAGCUAAGUACAUCAGAUGAUGAGGAAUCAACAAACGAGGAAGAGAUAGGAGCAACAUUAUUCGUGGAUGAUUUACGAAAUUGGGCCCUAACGUCAAAUAUGACGCAUACUGCGAUGAAUAGUCUGUUGAAACUUUUAAAAACUAAAAAGGUUGUGCAGUCUCGUUUGCCAAAGGACUACCGCACACUGUUGAGAACACCGCAUCGGACGUGUGCAUCCUUCAUCACAAUCGAAGGUGGUCAAAUGUGGUAUCAUGGCAUUAAGCAGUGUCUUCAACAUUACUUCAGCGAUGUGAAACCAUCCUUAGAGUCUCUGUGGAUCGAUAUUUCCAUGGAUGGUUUGUCACUUCAUAGAAGCGGACCCACUCAGUUGUGGCCUAUUUUAAUGAGGCUGUGUGAAGUGCAGGAAGCUCCAAUAUUCGUCGUUGCUAUAUUUUGCGGGUCAUCUAAACCUCAAAACGCCGAACAAUAUCUAAGACAGUUUGUCACAGAGAUCAACGAACUUCAGAGCAACGGUAUUGUUUUACAAGGCGUUACACAUCAAGUAAAGCUAAGGGCUAUUAUAGCAGAUUCACCAGCUCGAGCUUUAAUUAAAGGUGUCGUUUCGUUUAACGGUUGUCAUGGAUGCUUAAAAUGCACAGACAUUCCUGUACAUGACACAGCCACCAAAAGGAUGUAUUUUGCAGGAGUGGGAAUAGAAAAGCGGACAGAUGCCAAAUUCCGAGCACAAGAAUACCCUCAGCAUUGCAAAAAACCAACACCUCUAAUCGAUAUUUUGUACUUCGACAUCAUCGCAGACGUCAUUAUUGCCGACAGACUUCAUCUGAUUGAUCUUGGGGUGAUGAGGAAACUGUUAAACGGAUGGAUUAAAGGCAAAUUUACUAAAGGACCACAUCACACCAAAUGGACUUCAAGACAAUGUGAUAUCAUUUCGGAAUUUUUAUUACAUAUCAAGCUCCCUUCAGAAAUUCAUCGAAGCCCGCGAAGCCUACAAUACAUCAAAUUCUGGAAAGGAACGGAGUUUAGAACCUUCUUACAUUACGCCAGCGUAGUCGUUCUAAAGGAAAUACUUCCGGAAACAGCAUACAAUCAUUUUUUGCUACUGUUUUGUGCCACGACAUUCCUGUCAACGACUGUGAUUUUGGAACCAUUUAUGGACCUAGCAGAGUUUCAAGCAACGUUCAUAAUCUUCAGCAUGUUCACGACGAAGUUGCCAGAUUCGGACCAUUAG